AUGGCGCUCCUCGUCGGGUCGAGCUUGGCGCGGCCGUUGGGCGGCAAUGCGCUGGCCGGAGAGACCGCUGCCGUGGUAGUCUCCGACGACUCCGGCCUCCAGCUUCUCCAGCGACUGUAUCUGCAGAACCUUCAGGGAGGACUACCAGGGCCGUCGUGCUCGACGAACAGCCCCAACGUUAAAUGCCCACCACCCGCACCUAUGGGUUGA